UUAGAAGCAGCAAAAUCCAACUGCCUCCCUCCCCAGGGUGAGAAACAGUCCUCCGGGUCCUAGGAGUGGUGCAGUCACUACAGAUUCUGAAUUAAGGAGAGAGGACGAGUGCCCAAAGUGGGCAGGGUUGCCAUAAUAGUCACUGAUUCAGUGUAUGUGUAUAAUACAUGUACAUAAGAGAAGCUGAGUGAUGGAGGAAGAGGUGUUAUAUAUUUAGUUCAUUCUCUGAUAUCUAGUCUGCGAAAAGUUUUUUAAGCAACCAAGUAACAGUAACUCAUGGCAACAUGCUAGAAUAUUGGAAUGGAAAGGAUUAUGAUGCAUAAAAAAUCCAAGUUGGAAUGUACCUGAAGAACAGAUAAGUCAGUUUGCAGCUACCAAAAGGGAGGGAGGAACAUAUAAAUCCUUUAUUACAAACAAAAAGAGCCAAAGUAACAGGUUCAGAGAAAUGAAGGUGAAAGAAUUAGCUGUCGCUCCUAAAGAGAAGUGAAAAGCCCACCGUGGUUUCAUCAAGAUGACUUCGGAGCGGCCUUUGCCCGCCGAUGACUUCGGUAUCUACUAUGUUCUCGCAGAGUGCACAGAUCACUAUGAUACCUUUCCAGCUAAAGAAGCUGAUGAGAACCAGCCCCAUUUCCAGGGUGUGACUGGCCUGAGGAACUUGGGCAACACGUGCUACAUGAAUGCCAUCUUACAGUGUCUCUGCAGCAUCUCACCGCUGGUGGAAUACUUUCUCUCCGGAAAGUACAUUACUGCUCUUCAAAAGGAUUACAGUGAGGUCGCCACCGCUUUUGCCUAUGUGAUGACAGACAUGUGGCUUGGAGACUCAGACUGUGUCUCACCAGAAAUAUUUCGGUCGGCUCUUGGCAACCUCUACCCAGCGCUUAUGAAAAAGACACAACAAGAUGCUCAGGAAUUCUUGAUUUAUGUCCUGAAUGAACUUCAUGAGGCUCUGAAAAAGUACCACCGAAGAAGGGCCUAUGAGAAAACAUCUAUUCCAAGAUGCUGCAGGAAGGUGACUGCCAAUGAGUCCUCCAUCAUCACCCGGCUGUUUGAAGGGCAGCUCAAUUAUAGUAUCAUGUGUUUAAAGUGUGAGAACUGUACCUACAAGAAUGAAGUCUUCACCAUCCUCUCCCUCCCCAUUCCAUCUGAAUACGAGUGCUCUCUUCAGGACUGUCUCCAAUGUUUUUUCCAACAAGACACACUGACCUGGAACAACCAAAUUCACUGUUCCUUUUGUGAAACCAAGCAAGAAACAGCCGUGAGGGCCAGUAUUUCCAAAGCACCAAAAAUAAUGAUCUUUCACUUAAAAAGGUUUGACAUUUUGGGUACAACAAAAAGGAAAUUGAGAACAGAUAUUCAUUACCCACUCACUAACUUGGAUCUUACUCCUUAUAUUUGUCCAAUUUUUCGGAAACAUCCUAAAUAUAACCUCUGUGCAGUGGUGAACCACUUUGGUGAUCUGGAUGGUGGCCACUAUACUGCUUUCUGCAAGAACUCAGUGACCCAAACCUGGUUUAGCUUUGAUGACACGCGAGUCAGUGAGAUUCCAGAAACUUCAGUUCAAACCGCUACAGCAUAUCUCCUGUUCUAUAGCUGCCAACCCUUUUCCAUACCUAUACAAAAAUGCAAGAGCUAGGAAAAUGGUAUUUCCUGAAAGUUGCAAAACAAUCAGAAACUGGUACUCACAGUUUGCUUUGUCAUUAAACUCUUGCAACUUACUUACAUCACUGACAUUUAAAAGUCUUUCUGGCAUAUUAUGCAACCUUAUAUAAGGUAAGUCUCUAGCAAAGAAGAUGGGUCAUGGCACACUGAAAAAGGCAGCAUGAAAAUAGUGCAAUACAACAAAUUAUUUUCCAAAGGUGUUUCAUGGAGUUAAACCAAAAUGAUUUUUGUUCAAGCGGCAAUUUGAGUUUAAGCAUGUGAUCUGAAAAUAUUUAAUUAAUCAGAUAAUUUAGCCAAGGAAUUAUAAGUAUCUUAGACUAAUUGAGGAACACGAAAAGCAGUCAACUUCACAAUUAAAAACUCAUCUUUUCAUCUUGUCCCUGGGAGUCUACUCAUAGUGACAUCUUUUAGAAGCACCUUUAGAAUUUUAUUUUUAUAGCCUAUUUUUGACUUCAUAUAUGGCAACUGAAUCUCUAAGAUAAAUGAUAAAUUCUGAGCUCCUCUAUCGCUUUUAAUGUAUCACUGUAAAGAUGUGGUUCAUAAUGCAAGUUCACCUUGCAAUCAUGCCCAACUCCUAUCCCUUUUUAUCUUAAUCCUAAGAAUUCUAUUACUCUUGAUAGAAUGAGUCUGGGUAUUAUUAUUUCUUCCUUUGACUCCCAACUCUGAGAAUCACAAGUGCUAUGCAGUUCUGGGUCAACUUGAAGGAAGAGUGGAAUCGAGUCCUGAGGCCACCAGGAUAAAUGAACUAAAUUUCAAGUCAAUGUAGCAGGACAGAGUGUGUGUAUGUGUAUAAAAUUUAUAGUUCUACUAUCCUAUGUUUGAUAAUAUGAAAUUAAAGACAGAACACUUACAGAAUUUUAAAUUAUUUUUCUCAUUAAGAUUUUAAUGUAGGUGUAAAUGAAAAUUCUCAUUUUAAAAAAUUAAAGAAAUGUUUCCAUUUAUUUUUUUAGAAUAAAGAUUUAGUGCACAAACACAGCCCAAAGUCAACAGAAAAAUAGCUUUGCCCUGUCAUUUCCCUAAGAAAGCACUGCAGUUACUCAGAAUAGGCCAAAGGAAAAAAAAAAA